AUGAACAAAAGGGUGCUCAAAUCUGCUGUAUUUUCUCAAACACCAUUGUUAUACUCGCUCAAAUUAUCCCACAGCAGAUUAUUCAGCACCGACAACAGUCUCGAAGGUCUGAUAAUCCCCCAAGAAAUCAGCGACUCCACCGCCGCACCCAACACGUCUACUCCUCGGCCCCUUUCAGCCCAAGACUUCGCUUUUCUCAAGGAGUCCAUUUCUUCUGCCAAGGCCGCCGACUCUGAACCCGGUAAGUGUUCGAACGACGCUUCUUCUAUAGUAAUUGCCCUCAAGAGUUAUAAUGACGGGCUGGGAGAGAAGUCCCAGAAAUUCCUCAGGCAGUUCAGGGGCAGGCUUGAUGAGAGUUUGGUGGUUGAUGUGUUGAGAAAUGUGAAAAUUCCUGAUUUGGGUGUCAAGUUUUUCUUGUGGGCUGGGAGGCAAAUAGGAUAUUCUCAUAGUUUGGCCGUUUACGAUGCUUUACUGGAAUUGCUCGCACUAGAUAAGGACGACGCCCGAAUUUCAGAUGAUUUUUUGCUCGAGAUCAAGGAUGAUGAUAGAGAGGUUCUGGGGAAAUUGCUCAAUGUGCUGAUCAGAAAUUGUUGCCAGAGUGGGAUGUGGAAUUUGGCACUGGAGCAGUUGGGAAGGCUCAAGGAUUUUGGGUAUAAGCCCUCAAGGGUAACAUACAUUGCGCUUAUACGGGUGUUCUUGGAGGCGGGUAAGUUGGAUUCCGCUCUCCUGCUCCAUAGGGAGAUGUUACACUUGGGUUAUAAGAUGGAUACACAUACUUUGGGCUGUCUUUUGCAAUUUUUAUGCAAAGAGGGUAAAUUGGGAGAUGCCUUGAAUAUGAUUGAGAAGGAAGAAGUUCAGCCUGAUACUUGGAUGUACACCCAAAUGAUAAAGGGUUUGUGCGAGGGUUCUCUUUUUGAAGAGGCUAUGGAAAUCUUGAUUAGGAUGCGGGCUAAUUCGUGCCUUCCUAAUGUUGUGACAUAUAGGAUCUUGCUUUGUGGAUGUCUGAAUAAGGGAAAGCUGGGUAGGUGUAAAAGAAUUCUUGUCAUGAUGAUUGCAGAAGGUUGUUAUCCUAGUCCGAGGAUUUUCUCUUCCCUUGUCCAUGCCUACUGCAAAUCUGGAGAAUUCUCAUAUGCUUAUAAGUUGCUGAAGAAAAUGGCUGACUGUGGUUGCAAGCCUGGUUAUGGUGUCUAUAAUAUACUCAUCGGAAGUAUUUGUGGUAAUGAGGGUUUACCGAGUAUGGAUGUGCUUGAAUUGGCUGAAAAAGCUUAUACCGAGAUGCUUGAUGCGGGAAUAUCACUGAACCGAGUUAAUGUUAGCAAUUUUUCCCGUUGUCUUUGUGCUGUUGGGAAGUAUGAGAAAGCGUAUAAUGUUAUUCGUGAAAUGAUGGCCAAUGGAUUCGUUCCGGAAGCUGGUACGUACAACCAAGUCAUUGGCUUUCUCUGUGAUGCUUCAAAAUUAGACAAGGCCCUUAAACUUUUCCAGGAAAUGAAAAAGAAUGGCACUGUCCCUAAUGUCUACACUUAUACGAUUAUGAUCGAUAGGUUCUGUAAAGCUGGCCUGAUUCAGCAGGCUUAUCGUUGGUUGGAGGAAAUGAUGAAGGAUGGAUGUCCUCCAACUGUGGUCACGUAUACUGCAAUAAUACAUGCUUACCUUAAAGCAAGGAAAAUAACUGAUGCAAAUCAGGUCUUUGAGAUGAUGUUGUCUGAAAAUUGCGCCCCAAAUAUUGUCACCUUUUCUGCUCUUAUUGAUGGCUUUUGCAAAGCUGGAGAUAUAGAGAGGGCUUGUGCAAUUUAUGAAAAAAUUAGGGGAAGUUCGAAUAUCCACGAUGUAGAUAUGUACUUUAAAAUUUCUGAAAAUAGUGACACAGAGCCAAAUGUUUAUACACAUGGAGCAUUGGUGGAUGGCCUAUGCAAAGUACAUAGGGUGAAAGAGGCUCGGAAGCUUUUGGAUACAAUGACAGCUGAAGGCUGUGAGCCGAAUCAUAUUGUUUAUGAUGCUCUCAUUGAUGGGUUUUGCAAGGUCGGGAAACUCGAUGAAGCUCUGGAAGUAUUUGCUAGGAUGUCGGAAUGCGGGCGCAUUCCAAGUGUUUUUACUUACAGCUCUUUGAUUGACAGAUUGUUUAAAGACAAACGCCUAGAUCUUGCUAUGAAAGUAUUGGCUAAAAUGUUAGAAUAUUCUUGCCCGCCUAAUGUUGUGACCUAUACAGAGAUGGUUGAUGGUCUUUGCAAAGUCGGGAAGACAGAUGAAGCAUACAAACUGAUGUUGAUGAUGGAGGAAAAAGGUUGUAAACCUAAUGUUGUCACCUAUACUGCCAUGGCAGAUGGCUUUGGAAAAGCUGGUACAGUGGAUAAAAGCCUCGAACUUUUCCAGGAUAUGAAAAACAAGGGAUGUGCCCCUAAUUAUAUCACAUAUAGAGUUUUAAUAAAUCACUGUUGUGGUGCUGGGCGCUUAAAUGAUGCUCAUCAGCUUCUGGAGGAGAUGAAACAAACACAUUGGCCGACUCACCUAAUAAACUAUCAAAAGGUUGUGGAAGGCUUCAGCAAGGAAUUCAUUGCAAGUCUCGAGUUAGUAGAUGAAAUGGGGAAAUUUGAUUCAGGACCCCUUGUUCCAGUUUACAAAGUGCUGAUUGAUAGCUUUCAGAAGGCUGGAAGAUUGGACACGGCGCUACAGUUGCUUAAAGAGUUCUCAUCAUUGCCACUAUCUUCAUCCACUGACAAGAAAGUGUACUCUUCUCUGAUUGAGAGCCUGUCGAUUUCUGGCAGAGUUGACGAGGCAUUUGAGUUAUUUGCAGACAUCACGGGAAAAAGGUGA